AUGAAGACGACACGCUGGUCGCGAAGAGGAAGGGAAAACUAAAAAUCCUCUUUCAACAAGCAGCAACUCCCAAAUAGCGCUGAUCAGCGACCCAUCGCAACGGACAUGAACCCACCACCAAUAGUAGACUUUUCAGGAAUGGUUGGUCCAAAAAGGAGAAGAAUGAGAAGCGGGGGAAACGUCUCUACACUAAGCAACAAUGCUCCCAAGGAAGGCGCGUCGGCAAGCGCAUUAUCGUCCGGUAUUGACGACGAAAAAAUAGUUCAAACAUCAAAGUGCAAAGGUUCUACAACAAUCCCGAUAUUCUUGAAAAGUGAGUUGGAUUCAAUCAAUAGAUUCUAUGGGUUCUCGUCUUUUCGUUUUUGUCGUCGAAAUCGACACACCGUUUCAUCUGGAUCUCUGUUGAUCUAAACUUUGUCUUGCGGUGUACUGCCGUUUCCUUCCUUGCUUUACAAACGUUGAUGACAGAAACAUAUAAAAUGAUAGAAUCAAGUCCUCCAGAAAUCGCAGCAUGGUACGUAACAAUUUUUCUCAUCGACCAAUCUUGACGUCGGUGAAGACAGGACGGUACGGUAGGAACGAGAAAAUCCUCUACUUCGACGCUUUUUCCUCAUUGUAAAACUGGAACUACCGUAUCGUUAUGUACUGGUAACAACCGUUCGAACAUAGUCACGAUUCCAACAGUAUUCGUACUAAUCGUUUCAAUGCGAUCAAAAUCAGUUGCAAGUCUGUAUGGAUUGUUUUUAAAGGUUCUUCAGUGAUCCUGGUUGUUCCCAGAAGCUCAUGGAUGCCAGUGUUUACCCGAUGAGCUGUAAUGAAGACAUUUUUCGGAAAAAAGAAGAAUGCGAACUGCGAACAAGAGAAAAGCGGGGGAUGAAAAAGGGGAUUUUUCGUUUCAAGCUCACUAAAACAGUCUCACAAUAUUCUUGCUCCAAUUAUUCUCUUCCUGAUUAUUUCAACUGAUGAACAAUACUUUAUUUCACGAAUUUGUCGUGUUGGAAUUCCGAUUCUUCUCAGGACUAACGACGGAGAUAUGUUUGUUGUCAAAGAUCCCGACCAAUUUGCUUCGCAGAUCAUCCCGCAAUAUUUUGACCACAACAAAUUCUCGAGUUUUGCUCGACAACUCAAUUUCUAUGGGUUUCGCAAAAUGCAAUCAAAACCAAUCCGCAACAGCGAUUUCGACGCCAACACGGCCAAACACGUUACAUUUUACAACGAAAACUUCAAGCGCGGUCGUCAUGAUCUUCUGAAAAAGAUCCAACGAUCAACGCGCGGAGGUGGCAACAUUUCUGGCCAGGAUGUGCAAAGAGAAAUCCAGCAAUUAAAGGAAAAGGUCGCAAGCUUGGAAAAGACAAUCCAGGGCCUGAGCUCUCAAACUGAAAAUCGUUUGAAGAGCUUAGAAUUGGAUUUCCUGAACCGUAUAGACCAAACGGUGUUGCUAAUGCAGCAACAGCACCAACAGAGCCAACAGGGCCAACAGAACCAACACGCACAUUACCACAACCUUAGAGUUCCCGGCAACAAUGGCAUUGGAGGAGGGGCUCAGAUGUCAGCCGAUGUUCAUCAGACCGCACAAAAUCAUUUCAAUAUGAAUGGUAUGAAUGUUACAGGGGGGCCUUUGAAGCAUGGGAUAGGCGAGUCGUUAGAUCCCUUACCGUAUGGAUCGCGCGGUGCUUCCGUUGGCACUCUUUCGAGUCUAGCACACUUGAUGGGCAACCAGGUCUCCAUAGGUAUGAAAAAUGGCGUCCCAGGCACCCCUGGUGCUAUUUCGGGCGGGCCCACUCUGCCUCCCCAUCCAAAACAAAAACAGCUUCCGACACAAAACUUUGGCGGGUCUCCCAGUAUGGCACUUGGUCCUAUGAACGGUCGUAUGGACAUACGGAAUUUUUCGGCGCUUUCACGUGGACUUUCCACACUUUCUCGUGGUCUCAGUGCUGAAUCGCAAGGUGGGAAUGACUACCUGCUAUCGAUGUUGUCCCAAGGUACUUCGGGAAAUUUCAAUCCAACUCCGAUGUCCGGGAACAAUGGCGCAAGUAACAACAGGAACGGAACAGACAACAAUAUGAAUAACAACAACGGGAUGGACAACAGCGAGAAGGGGCUUAUCGCCAGUGCGGUAGGCAGUUCCAGUACGGAGAUGUAGAAUUGUAAAAUAGUUAGAAAAGCUGUUAUACGAAAGCGCUAAUGAGGAAUUGUGGGAAAACGAAUCACUCUUUUACAAUUCAGGUUUUUCGGACCACGAAUCGAGUUGUGUGAGCUUUGUUGAAGUUGUACAAAGUUCGUUCACGGAACGCCCUUGUAAGGCGUAAUCCUCUCGGUCUUUAAUCCUUCACCAACUUUUUUUGCCACCCUCCUUCUUCUGACCACCUUUCAUCGGUCACGUCGUUUGGGCUCGACUUUUGAAUUGGUUUUGGCAAUGCACAUAUCGCACAUAGGAGUACCACACCGUGCUUCCGAAUAAAGUCUUGUACAGGAU